CGGCCGCCGCCGCGGCGUACCUGUACCGCCGGCCGAGCGGGUUCCGCAGCCGCGCGGUGGGGAUCAUACCCGCGCGCUUCGCCUCCUCGCGCUUCGAGGGCAAGCCGCUCGCGCACAUCCUCGGCAAGCCCAUGAUCCAGGUCCGCCCCCUGCUUACCUUGUCUUAUCGCGUCCGACAGAGAGAGAGCGAGGGGAGCCUUGAGGUAGAAAAUCAUACUGGGGGAAGUUGUAACGGCAAGUCGCGGUUUGGGAUUGCGAAGGGAGGUCGAAUCGAUUUGUGCUGUUUCAUCACCUGGAUUUAGGCUGAAGUGUCAGGUGAUCAUGUCGGUGUCGUGCAUAACAUUUCAGUGUCAGUGUGUGCAAGAUGUUCUUUUGGUUACCUAUAUACUAUGGAAUUGCCGUAUCAUGUUCGUCUCGUCCGGGCAUUCGGUAACCUAGACCCCCGCUAUAUGAAGUUUCUUUAGAGCGAAUAGUAUUGCUGUAAAUCGGGAUUUUGUCCAGACCUCAUACUUCACAGUUCAAAUUGUUUCUCAGUUCAGUGACUAUGGUGAGUUCAUCUGAAGCUGCUGGAGUUUGGUGUUUAGCCUGGUUGGAUCAAGAUAAAACCUGGUGAUUCGGUGCAACCUGUUUUGGCCAUGUUGAUUACUCUUUUCUCUGUAUAAUAGUGCAUCCUCUGCAUUUUUAAUUAGAGCUUUUUCCAUGUGAGAGCCCUUUGACUCAAAUGCACUUCAUGUAAUAUUGUAUUUUAAUCAAUAAUUUUUCAGCGCUAAAAUUUAAAAGUCAAGCAUGGGUUCAUUGUCUCUGACUGCAAAUGAACUUCUAUUUGGUCAAUGCAUUUUGGGAAAGGAGAUGAGAACAUGGGAAAGAGUUAUGUUAGCUUCUUCCUUGGACCACGUUGUUGUGGCAACAGAUGAUGAGAGAAUUGCAGAUUGUUGUCGAGGAUUUGGAGCUGAUGUUAUAAUGACAUCAGAAUCAUGCAGAAAUGGAUCUGAGCGCUGCUGUGAGGCACUUGAAAAGCUUGGGAAACGUUAUGAUAUUGUUGUCAAUAUUCAAGGAGAUGAGCCUCUUAUCGAACCAGAGAUAAUAGAUGGUGUCGUUAUGGCAUUGCAGCGAGCUCCUGAUGCAGUGUUCAGCACAGCUGUUACUUCACUGAAACCUGAAGAUGCAUCUGAUACGAAUCGAGUUAAGUGUGUUGUGGAUAAUCAGGGCUAUGCAAUCUACUUUUCAAGAGGGCUGAUACCAUCCAACAAAUCAGGGAAAGUCAAUCCUAAUUAUCCGUAUCUUCUCCAUCUUGGAAUCUCGGGCUUUGAUUCGAAGUUCUUGAUGAUCUAUCCAGAACUUCCACCGACACCUUUACAACUAGAAGAGGACCUAGAGCAACUCAAAGUUCUUGAAAACGGCUAUAGGAUGAAGGUGAUCAAAGUGGACCACGAUGCUCAUGGUGUAGAUGCACCUGAGGAUGUUCAGAAAAUCGAAGAACUGAUGCGAGGGAGAAACAUUCAGUAGAAAAUGAAGAGUGUGUGUUUUGCAUUGCCACCGGCGUAGGUUCACUCGGAGACUUUGGCUGUGCUACAUUGUCUGCAGAUAGCAUGGUAGUAUGCAAACCUGCUGAGUUGAUCAAUUAGGAGCUGUUCAGUUAGCUGUUUUUAACUGCCCCUUUUUCAAGACCCAAAUGUCCCUGUAUUUGAUAUUUGUAUGACUUGUUUCGUGGCAGUGUGGCAAUAUCCAACAUCCAGCCCUGUUUGGAAGCAUUGUAUAAUUUUGCACCUGUAAUUGCAUCCCAUCUGUAUUUUCUUCUGUACAAGAAUACAUCAGAAAUGUAUCUCUGAUUUUAUACCCCCUGCAAAAA